AUGCAGGGCCUAUUCGUAGAAGAAAUUAAUAAUAUUCAAAAGAUGGAUCAUAAUCCAAUUCUUAAGAAUAAUAAAGUUAUUAGGAUGUAUUAUGAAAAACCGAUAUCUAUUCUCUUUUGA